AUGUCUGACAGAAAGGCUGUCAUCAAGAAUGCCGACAUGAGCGAAGAAAUGCAGCAAGAUGCUGUCGACUGUGCUACUCAGGCAAUGGAAAAGUACAACAUUGAAAAGGAUAUUGCUGCUUUUAUCAAACGUGAGUUUGACAAAAAAUACAACCCCACAUGGCACUGUAUUGUUGGUCGAAACUUUGGCUCAUAUGUUACACAUGAAACAAAGCAUUUCAUCUAUUUUUACUUGGGUCAAAUUGCAAUUCUACUAUUCAAGGUAAGUUUAUUCAAGUGUGCUUUAUGGCUCAAUCUAUUUUGCUAA